AUGACUCGUCAAAUUCUGGUUGCCUGCUGGACGAACCACCUUUUGCUACUCAAGGAGCUGACUGCUAUCUUCGAAAAGAUCGACACGGACCGGUCGGGUCAAAUCGACUUCGAUGAGUUCGUGACCGGUGUGGCUAAGUUCGUCCUGGAGAAAAGUCCGACCGGUACCAUCAGGUAAAGCAACGCCUACUAUACUGUUGGACACUACAACUUGAUGGUGUUUGGACUGCUUUCGUCGUGUCUUUACAAGCAGAUACUGCUGUCUGUGUGCUCCUGUUGUGCAAGCGUUGGUCCUUGGACACUUUGAUCGCCUAUGCUGACGCGCUCACUGGGUACCAUCUGCCCUUUUUUCGUGAGUAGCUUUUUCGGCUUGGGCUUCGCCGUUUUAGAACCAUAUACCUUUUGUUUUCGUUGAACCGGAAUGGCUUACUGAACCUACCCGUUUCCAGCCAGGACUCGUCACGUGUUAAAUGUGGCUCUCUCACUAGCCAACUAAGUUUUUCUGGCCAUUUCUCCGUCUCAGCAACCCUCCGCCGGCAGCAAUCGACGAAGCGGCGGAUGACGGUGAUUCCGAAGAGCACGAAGAGGUCAGAACUAUUCGCAGUUUCAUAUGUAUGUCAUGUUUUUCGAAACAAGAAAGUCUUGAAUCGUAUCUGAUUCGAAUCAAGUUCUGCUCAGCAGCUUGUGGAAGUAGGCCCGUGAGCCCGUACUGUAUUAUCUUGGUAAAUAAUGGUCGAGAUUUUGCUGCAUUGGAUUCUGCGAGAACUUUUUGCCCUUGUAUCGAACAGCAGUUGUUUCGCACUUCGUACAUUGCCUCCCUGUGUGUCGUGUCCCCUUGAAUCUGUACGGUGUUAUGUCAUAGAUGCCGGAGGAUCUGGCACACCUCAAACCAGAGGAACAGCAGUACCACGUCAAGAUGCGCGCGGCUUACCUCAUGACGGUCGGGACAGCCCUCGUGCUCAUUUUCUCAGGUGUGUCGAUUCGCUGGUUGCAUUCUUUACCUUGUACGAUGUACAUACAGGGCGGUAAUGGCUGUGAUGUCCUUGCGAAACACAUUCAGGGUGGUCGACGGAGUUAUGGUGCUCUCCCUCUACCCGCUGUCUCUCAUGGUGGUGGCUGGGUUGGAGGCGUGUGGCUGGGAUUGAUUCGCUCCUACACCCACACCGUUGUGUUUGGUGCAUGCAACGAGUCAUCUCGUGCACAUGAAUCGUGGAGUAACAAAUACGGCGUCCAUUGUUUUGUUUGUUCUUUCUUGGCGCAUCGUGUGAAGAGUGAAGACAGCAGUGACUGACUUCUUGAAAACAACCCCUUUCACGCAGAACACCAACCGGUUCCAUGUUCAUACGCGCAACUAUGCCGCACUCGAAUGUUUACCUCUUGUACAUGUGGUGUUUACACACUCCGAGCCUUGUCGCUGUGAGUGGGUUGUAGGGUAGGAAGCACGCGUAAUACGUAUGGAUGAUUUGUACAUCAUACAUUGCACGGUUGUUGAUUUUCGUCGGGCGCAGGGCAAUGCCACAUUGGUUGGUGCUCAUGGCUUCGAUGGUCGUGUCGUUUUUACGACGCUUCUCGUAUAUUGCUAUUUCGUGUUCCUUCGUUAGGCUCCUCAUGAAAUGUACCAUUUCAGUCCCGUUAGAACAGCCUCGGUAGAGCAAGUACGCCUCACCACCUAGGGUGUCUCUUUGGCUGUUGGCGUUCUUCCCUCAUGUAGCCUUCAUUGUUUUCCUCGCGUGACAAAGGUCUUUCGAGACCGUGCUGUUGGUUUGCCAUGUUACCGCUCUUAGGACUGCGGAGUAUUGUUCAUACCACGGGCGGUGAUCGGAUGUUCCGAAGUCGGGGGGGGGGGGGGGGGGGGGGGGGCGGGCGGCGUAUUUGACGUUGUGCUUGGUUAUGUUGGACCGCCGCCAGCAGCAGCAGCAGUUUAGAACAGCUUGUUUACCUUAAAACCAAGAAUAGUUUACGUACCGUAGCACCUGUUUUCCUUUGCCGAUAGGAUGCCGGCGUGUGCUCAUCAAACCUGAGUACUUGACCUCAAGUGCGCAGCCGAUUUCUUCGCCCACCAAACAGGCUCAAGUGGGUGAGUCAGGGUACGCACCGAGAGACGGUUCGCGUUGAGAGGGGUCAAAUGGUCGCAUUAUCCUUACGUGUAGCUGAACCCGAUAAGAAAGCGAAGUGUGGGUUUGGAUAUGCAGAAUUGAGGACUUUUUACGCCUUACCCUACAUUGUAGAAAGCAGUAAAAUGUUGUGAACUGUUGUAGUCUAGCUGCUUCGAACAAAUCUACUUCCAACAAGAACUGCACGUACAUGGUCCACAAUAUUCUCUCAAGUCAU